AUGUUAAUUGUACACUUUCUUAUAAUUUAUGCUUGCUUUAUAAUAGAUAUGAAUAUAUAUAUUAUAAAACAAAGGUAUUGCCAUUAUAUCAAAAUUCUUUUUUUUUUUAUGUGUUCUUUAUUUUUUUCUCAGUACAAAUUAGUGAAAUAUUUUCGUGAACAUAAUGACAAUUUAGAAAAGAACCACUCAAUUUUGAAUUUAGACUAUAAGCAUUGUCUUCCAAGUGGCAGUAUUGGAGCAAAUAAAUAUAUAAAUGGUAAAUUCUCAGAAGAUAAAUGCAAAAAAGCAUUGUUAUUUGCAUCCAAAAUAAAAGCGGAUUAUAAUAGUGAUGAUGCAUAUUCGAAAGCAGAUUGUUUUUACUUAUAUUAUUGGCUGUACAAAGAAUUUAAGUCUAAUGGUAUAAGUCAACAUACCCAAAGUUUUUAUACGAAGUUGUUUAAUAUAGUAAGUAGUAAUAAUGGUAAUAACAUAUGCAACUAUUAUAAGAAUAAACCUAUUUCUGAAAAUGUAUUCAAAGACGUGAGCAAUUUAUAUGAAAUGUAUAAUAAUCUUUAUUAUAUAAAUAAUCCUAAUGUCCCAUCUGUUAAAUCUAAGUGUGAUUGUAUUAAUGAAUGUUCAGCUAAAUAUGAAAUAAACCUAAAGAAAUGCGAAUCUAAUAAUAAUAGCACUUUUUGCACGGUAUUAGAAGAUAUUAAAAAUGAAUAUAAUAAUAUACAAAAUUUAACAGAUAUUUGUAAUAAUGUUGAAUGCAAAAAGUUACCGUGCCGUAAAAAUGAUAGCAUACAGUUAUAUAUUCCCAGAAAUAGUAAAUCAAAAACUUCUAUAAUAUCAACUAUUAUAAUAUUAAUAAUACCCGCUUUGUUAUUUAUAAUUUAUAAGGUUAAAUGUGAUUUCCUGCCAUAUAAUUCAUGCAUACGUCGUGAAAUAAAAAGGAUAAUAAAUAAGUGUCGUCGUCUCAAGGAACAAUGUAAUAUAUCAGAAAACUCAGAAAUAUAUAACAAUAUAUAUUGGAAUAGUAAUUAUAAUGUGUUAUAUAGUUCCCAUUCAAUUAACGAUUAA